GUUCGUUACUUCGAACCCGGCGCGGGGCGGGGGCGAGGCAAGCGCCCCGCGAAGAGAAGCGGCUCCUCUUCUCCCUCCCAAGAGUCGCCAUGGCUGUGUCCACCCAGGACUCGUCCGUCCUAGAGCGGCGAAGCAGUUUCGGGAGUAUUAAACCUCGACUGACUCAUAGCAGAGAACUUGAAAUGAGAACUACCUUUCAAGAGCUACUGAUUUACAUAAUUUUCCUAACAGAUCUGUGUAUAUUGACAUUUGGAAUGGUGAGCACAGAUAUGUAUUACCUAAACAAAGUUAUGGCAAAUCUCUUUCUAGAAACCCCUCUGUCAGAUAAAGAUCCGACAGACUUCAAAUCCAUGAGCAGCAUUGCUGACUUUUGGCAGUUUAUAGAAGGACCACUUCUGGAUGGCCUUGAUUGGGGCACUUCGUACAACAAUGACACCAUACGCAAUGAAAGAAACACCACACUUAUCUACUAUGAGAAUUUACUGUUAGGAGUACCUCGAAUUCGGCAACUAAAAGUCCGUAACAACACAUGUUCUAUCUAUCCCUCUUUCCGGUCAUUUAUGAAAGAAUGCUAUGGUAAAUAUCAGUAUUUACAUGAGGACAGACAAUCAUUUGGCUUUAAGAAUGGCUCUGAGUGGCAUUAUUCCACUUCUAAAUCACUCUCCCCAUGGCAUUGGGGCCUUAUUGGGCUAUACAGUAGUGGAGGAUUUAUGUUCACCUUGCCCAAGUCCAAGGCAGAAAGUGCAGCGAAACUUGCUUUCCUCAAGAAGCAUAGCUGGAUCACCAGAGGAACAAGGGUUAUCUUCAUUGACUUUUCAAUGUAUAAUGCCAAUGUAAACCUCUUCUGUGUGGUCAGGCUCAUUGUGGAAUUUCCUGCAACAGGUGGUGCAAUCCCCUCCUGGCAGUUCCACUCUGUAAAGCUUCUCAGAUACGUCAGCUAUUACGAUUAUUUCCUGGCCUCUUGUGAAGUCAUUUUUUGUCUUUUCAUCUUCACUUUCACCAUCCAAGAAGUUUUAAAAUUAAAGAAACAGAAAAAGGACUAUUUUAGAGAUGCCUGGAACUGGCUGGAUGUGUUACUGCUCCUGUUGUCUGUUUUUGCUAUUUGCUUCAAUGUUUACCGAACUAUUGAAGUGUCCAGGUUGAUGGAAAGUCUGCUCUCAAAUUCAGAAGCUUAUCCAGACUUUAAUUUCCUUUCAUUCUGGCAGACCCGUUACAAUAAUAUGAUUUCGGUGAAUGUAUUUUUUGCAUGGAUAAAGAUAUUUAAAUACAUAAGCUUUAACAAGACCAUGACCCAGCUGUCUUCCACUCUGUCCCGCUGUGCUAAAGAUAUCAUCGGAUUUGCCAUCAUGUUCUUUAUCAUCUUCUUUGCAUACGCACAGUUGGGUUACCUGGUCUUCGGGUCUCAAGUGGACGAAUUUUCCACUUUUCAGAAUUGCAUUUUUACCCAAUUUCGCAUCGUGCUUGGAGAUUUUAACUUUGCCGAAAUAGAGCAUGCAAAUCGAAUUCUUGGGCCAAUUUACUUCAUUACAUUUGUGUUCUUUGUGUUCUUCGUACUGCUGAACAUGUUCUUGGCAAUCAUUAAUGACACAUACUCUGAAGUGAAAGCUGAUUUUUCAGUCAUCCCAAGCAGAGAAUUUGAGAUCAGUGAUCUUAUUAGACAGAGUUACAAUAAAGCUCUAGUAAAACUCAGACUGAAGAGACAGACAUCACAGACAGAAGACUUGUAUGGAGUAAACAGAAGCUCCAGAACAGAUGUGAAUAAGAGCCUCCCCGGAGUUGGUAGUAUGGAUAAGGAUUUUUCCAGGAAACGGAAAUCUUACGCUGGCUCAUCCGCAGGACUUCAGAAUGCAGUUUCGUACACUGAAUUUCAAAGACUUUCCAGAUAUACAGCAGAAAUGGAGAAACAACUGAAAGAAGUGACCUAUAAGCUUGACAUGCUUAUGAAUGCUGCUCCUAAAACCACAGUGUCACCAUGAAAGCUACAGUAGGGAAAGAUACAACAGAGCUGAGCACAGACACUCUCCCAUACAAAGGUAAGAUGCAAUACCCACUUGAGAUCACACACUAAAUCACCAUCAGCUGAUAAAUUGAUAAAUUAACAGUAAUGCAAGUCUUGUAGGCAAUAUGUGAUAUAAAUGUUCAGGUUUUUCCAAGUUUUAAAAAUACAACAAGCAAGGUCACUUUCUGGUUUGUCCAUUGUAAUCUGAAACUGAAGACCAAGGAGCUUUAAGUUGCAAUAUCUACAGACCAUAAACCAUUCUAUCAUAUGAAAAAUGUCAUUUGAAAUCAAACAAAGUUAUUCUGCAGCGGUCCUCUGAAAGGCAUUUCAGUUCAGUUUGGUGUUGAAAAACACAGUUGUGUUCUUAAAUUUGCUGCCAUUGUUCCCCAGCAUAAAAAGGCAACAGAGGGAGUUCAGUACAACACUAACAAAUGCAGAUGAAACGAAGUUAGAAGGUCCAGAGUUUCUGAAUGGUUCUAGUUCUACAGUCUUUUGGGAGGAAGAUGCAUUUUUAAUUAAAAGAAACAAGGAAAAUGUUUUCUAAAGUUGGACAGAGCAGUCAAUUUUUUUGAGUUUUUUGUUAGCUUUCUAGAUAGGACCUACUUGCCUUUCAAAUGUGGCACCAUAAAAUGUACAAAAACUGCAUUCUUUCAACAGCGCAAGACAAAAGUGAACACCUAACAGUACUAUGGACAUCAUAAGAAAACAACCUUUCACUAUUAUGAAGAAACUUAAUUUAUUUUGAAGAAUCUUGUUUGCUGAUAAGGACUUCAAGAAGCCGCAGUUUGGCUUUAACUUUCUUGUACUCUCUGUACUCAUCAAGCAUGGGAGCACGAUCUUCUUUCUGAACAUUUCUGGAAAAAUAAAGCCAAUGCAACAUUUAACAA